GGCAGGGCGGGGACUGGACGGGGUUCCCGGACCGGGCGCGCGGAGCUGCUGAGUGGCCGGGCCGCCCUGCGGCUUUGCCAGGCUCUGUCCAGCGGAGCCACCGCCCUCCCUCCGAGAGGGGGACUCGACCCCCAGCUGCCUCCGUGCCACUGUGCCUGCCGGCCCAGCGACACGGCCGGACGCGUCCUCUCCUGUCGCCCCCAGGUCCUGGAGGACACGUGCCGGCGGCAGGACUUCAACCCCGGGGAAUAUGACCUGAAGUUUCAGAGGCAUGUGCUUGACCUCUCUCUGCAGUGGAGGUUCGCCAACCUGCCCAACAAUGCCAAGCUGGAGAUGGUGCCCGCGUCCCGCAGCCGCGAGGGCCCUGAAAAUACAGUUCGAGUCGCUCUACAGCUGGAUGACGGCUCCCGGGUGCAGGACACUUUCUGUUCAGGCCAGACUCUCUGGGAGCUUCUUGGUCACUUUGCACAGACCAGGGCGUGUCUGGAGCAGCCGCAGGAGGCCAGCCCGGUCUGCGUGUACAUGAGGGAUGAGGUGACCGGCAAAGCUGCCUUGCAGAGCACGACGCUGCAGUCACUGGGCCUCACUGGGGGCAGCGCCAUCAUCAGGUUUGCCAUGAGGCGCUGUGACCCGGUCAUCAAGCAGGAGCCUGGGGUCUCUUGGAGCAAAAGCCCAGCAAGCCCGACCCCCUCCCUGUCCGCCGAGCAGGCAGCUGGCAGCCCUCUAUUGCCCUUGGACUCUGCAGGGCUCAGCCGGGGCGACGUGAGCCAUCGGGACGAAGCUGGCACCUCAGGAGCAGGCCCAAAGCCCCUGGAUGCCCAGGCGAAGUACAUCUCAGAGGAGCCCACGCCAGCCCCCUUCGUGCCUUUCUCUGGAGGGGGACAGCGCCUGGGGGGCCCCUGUGGGUCUGCGAGGUGUCUGAUGUCACCUUCCACCAAGGUGCCCAAGUCCUUCUCCAGCCCUGGAGGCCCCUCCAAGCCGAAGAAGUCGAGGCCCCCACCAGAGCCAGAGCCGCCAGUGGACCGGGACCCCGUGGUGUGCCACCCUGACCUGGAGGAGCUGCUUCAGGCCUGGCCUGCAGAGCUGCCCGAUGAGUUCUUCGAGGUGACCGUGGAUGACGUGAGACGGCGCUUGGCUCAGCUCAAGAGUGAGCGGAAGCGCCUGGAAGAAGCCCCCUUAGUGACCAAGGCCUUUAGGGAGGCUCAGAUGAAGGAGAAGCUGGAGCGAUACCCUAAGGUGGUCCUGAGGGUCCUGUUCCCGGACCGCUACAUCCUGCAGGGCUUCUUCCGUCCCAGUGAGACAGUUGGGGACCUGCAGGAUUUCGUGAGAAGCCACCUAGGGAAUCCUGAGCUACCCUUCCACCUGUUCAUCACUCCUCCAAAAACCACCCUGGAGGACCCCACGCUGACCCUCUUUCAGGCAGACCUCUUCCCUGCUGCUCUGGUGCACUUUGGAGCUGAGGAGCCAACAGGUCUCUACCUAGAGCCCAAGCUGCUGGAACAUACCGUCUCCCCAUCUGCAGCUGAUGUGCUGGUGACCAGGUGUAUGUCCAGGGCCACUGUGACUCCAUCCCCGCUGCCAGCCCCUGACCCUGUGCCCCUUGAAUUGGAGGCAGCUGCUGAGGAGGGUGCUAUGGGGCUCCCUGCGCCCAGCCCUGGGACCGCCCAGCCCUUAAGGAGGGAGCUGGGCAAGGUGCCCAAAUGGCUGAAGCUGCCAGCCAGCAAGAGGUGAAAGCCGCCAUUGGAGGUGCUUACUCUGCCGGUGACAGGACCCCUCCCCACCCUGAGUGCAAAUAAAAGACUCAGCACCUCCUGA